AUGAAGGCGUUGAUCCAUUCGCUAAUCAUGUUAGCGUUCAACGGAGAGCCCAACUACUCCAUGCACCAUAGCUGGUCGCAAGUUACCCCAAGGUAUCUAACGCAUAGCCACAAUGAUUCUGCCCCAAUCUUUUUUCUCCCCAUUCCUCCAUUCAUCCUCUUCACCAUUACAAAAUUCACCAUGAAUUUUGAUGAUUUGGUUGAGGAGUUGAAUGAUCUGGACGUUGAUGUUACCGUUAGGUUUCCUUGGGAGGGGCCCAUGAUAUCCCGGAAGCAGUCCUGCUUGACGGCGGCCCUUUCGUCGGGGUCAGCCUUCAACUACCAGCCCUCCUGCACCCAGGAUGGGGAUUAUACCCCCAAGCAGUGUUUUCUACGUAGGUGUUGGUGUUCAACCGUCUCGGGUUACCCCUUCAAGAAACUUGCCCCGGCAACAUCAAAGAAAAAGAACAACCAAUCGAAAUCAAGAAAAAAUAUCCAAUCGACAACAGCUUCAAAUAAAAACGACCAAUCAGAAGCCACCUCCAAAAACAUCGGCCAAUCAACUGAAAACUACAAAUACUGGCUCGUCCAUGAUUGGUCAGAUUUCAGCAAUUACGACCUCGACCUUCAAACUGAUUGGCUGUUCAAGGGCAUGCAAGCCCUCUACCUAAACUGCGAUAACUUGAGGAAAGAAUUUGACAAAGACUAUGACGAAUUUUUAACGGUACUAGCGAGUAUGAAAGAACAAAAUGGCGGAAAUGACUUGGAAAAAUUUAUCACCGACAACAUGCUUACCCCUUCAAAAGAAGGCAUUUGGGGUUUUAAAUGGCGAACCGGUGGCGACGAAGAUGUUGGUGUUGAUAACAUUUAUGAGGGGGCUGAUGGUGGUGACGAUGGAGACGAUGAGACUGGCGAUCAAAUUAAAAAUGGCGCUAGGGGUAAAAAUAUGGGCUACGACAACAACAACAACAACAAUAAUGAUAAUAAUAAUAUCAAUAAUAACAUUAAUAAUGAUAAAAAUAAGGAUAAUAAUAAUGACAAUAAUAAUAAUUACAAAGAUAAUAAAGAAAAUACAAUAGCAAGAAGAAAUUUUAAAGGCAUGAGAAGAAAGAGAGUUGUUAAACGAGAGGCAAGUGCCUUCGUUAAGAAAUACAACAGCCUAACUAAUUAA